AUGGCCGCUGCAGACAUCUCAAAACCAAUCGCUUUCUGCGAACACCUGCAGCUCUCGAGUUUGGGCGUUCAGCCAGCUUCAAUCUCUUUCCAGACUCUGACCCUUGAAUCCGACCAUUUCAUCUGUGUUCGCGAGAAAAUCAAUGAGCAGAACCAAGUCGUCAUCAUCGACCUUACCGAUGCCAACAAUGUCCUGCGACGGCCAAUUACUGCGGAUUCAGCUAUUAUGCACCCAACCAAGAAGAUUCUCGCCCUGAAAGGCACGUAUAUCAUACCGCCAUCAACUAACUCGUCCCUGACUGAUAUUCGCCUCCUCUCAGCCCAGCGGACAUUGCAGAUUUUCAAUAUCGAGACGAAGCAGAAGGUCAAGAACCACGUUAAUAACGAAGAUAUCGUGUUCUGGAAAUGGGUUUCUGAGACGACUAUCGGUAUGGUCACCGAGACCGCCGUGUAUCACUGGUCAAUCGCAGACCAGACAUCGCCCCCGCAGAAGGUCUUCGACCGUCACCCGACCCUCGCUGGCACCCAGAUUAUCAACUACCGCGUCACGCCCGAUGAGAAAUGGCUGGUGCUCAUUGGUAUCUCUGGAAACACCACCAAUCCCUCUGCAUUCAAGGUCAAGGGAUCCAUGCAGCUGUACAGCAGGGAACGUGGAGUUAGCCAGCCUAUCGAAGGUCACGCUGCUGCGUUUGCAGAAAUCAAGUUGGAUGGUCACCAGAAACCCACCAAGCUGUUCACGUUCGCUGUGCGAACUGCAACUGGUGCCAAGCUCCAUAUCGUCGAAAUUGACCACCAAGCUCCCGACCCACCUUUCACCAAGAAGAACGUCGAUGUCUACUUCCCUCCCGAGGCAACGAACGACUUCCCCGUGGCCAUGCAGAUCUCCAAGAAGCAUGGAAUCAUCUACAUGGUCUCCAAGUACGGCUUCAUCCACCUUUACGACUUGGAGAGCGGCGCGUGCAUCUACAUGAACCGUAUUUCCGGCGAGACCAUCUUCGUCACCGCCGAGCAUGAAGCUACCAACGGUAUCAUUGGUGUCAACAAGAAGGGUCAAGUCCUCAGUGUCAACGUCGAUGAUCAGACCAUCAUUCCUUACAUCCUCUCCACCCUCAACAACACGGAGCUCGCGUUCAAACUUGCCAGUCGGGCCAACCUUCCUGGUGCGGACGAUUUGUACGUGAAGCAGUACCAACAGUUGUUCGCUGCUGGCCAGUACGGGGAGGCUGCAAAGGUUGCUGCCAACUCGCCGAGAGGUAUUCUGCGUACCAAUGCUGUCAUCGAGUCCUUCAAGCAAGCCCCAGCUCCUCCUGGUGGCUUGUCCCCUAUCCUCCAAUACUUUGGUAUUCUCUUGGAGAAGGGUGAACUCAACCAUCUCGAAUCAUUGGAACUUGCCCGCCCUGUUCUUCAACAGGGCCGUAAGCAACUUCUCGAGAAGUGGUUGAAGGAGAACAAGUUGACUUGCAGCGAAGAGCUUGGUGAUAUCGUUCGUCUUCACGAUAUGACUCUCGCGUUGAGCGUCUACCUGCGCGCCAACGUUCCCAACAAGGUCAUCGCUUGCUUUGCAGAGACCGGUCAGACCGACAAGAUCGUUCUCUACUCCAAGAAGGUCGGAUAUACCCCUGACUAUACCGCCCUCCUCCAACAUAUCAUGCGUACAUCACCUGAGAAGGGUGCCGAGUUUGCGUCCCAACUCGUCAACGAUGAGACCGGUCCUCUGGUCGACGUUGAGCGGGUUGUCGAUAUCUUCAUGUCCCAGAACAUGAUCCAACCGGCCACCUCGUUCCUUUUGGAUGCCCUCAAGGAUAACAAGCCUGAGCAGGGUCAUCUCCAGACUCGUCUCUUGGAGAUGAACUUGGUUCAUGCCCCUCAGGUUGCGGAUGCCAUUCUCGGAAACGAGAUGUUCACCCACUACGACCGACCUCGUAUUGCCAACCUUUGCGAGAAGGCAGGCCUUUUGCAACGGGCUCUCGAGCACUACGAGGAUAUCGCCGACAUCAAGCGUGCCAUCGUCCAUACCGCUGGACUUCAACCCGAUUGGCUCGUCAACUACUUCAGCAGGCUCACCACUGAGCAAUCCUUCGCUUGCUUGCAAGAAAUGUUGAAGGUCAACAUCCGCCAGAACUUGCAAGUCGUCAUCCAGAUUGCCACCAAGUACUCCGACAUCCUCGGACCCAUCAAGCUGAUUGAGAUGUUCGAGUCGUUCAAGAGCUUCGAAGGUCUCUACUACUACCUUGGCUCCAUCGUCAACCUCAGCGAGGAUCCUGAAGUUCACUUCAAAUACAUCCAAGCUGCCACACGCACCGGCCAGAUCCGUGAAGUCGAGCGCAUUUGCAGGGAGAGCAACUUUUACAACCCGGAGAAGGUCAAGAACUUCCUCAAGGAGGCCAAGCUUCAGGACCAACUCCCUCUCAUCAUCGUCUGCGACCGCUUCGACUUUGUUCAUGACCUCGUGUUGUACCUCUACCAGAACGGCCUCACCAAGUUCAUCGAGGUCUACGUCCAGCGUGUCAACUCUGUCCGCACUCCUCAAGUCAUUGGUGGUCUUUUGGACGUUGACUGCGAUGAGACUACCAUCAAGAGUCUCCUUGCGUCUGUGACUGGCAACUUCCCCAUCGAUGAGCUUGUCCAGGAGGUCGAGCAGCGCAAUAGGUUGAAGUUGAUCCUGCCUUGGCUUGAAGCUCGUGUUCAGAGCGGAAGCCAGGAUCCUGCCGUUUUCAAUGCCAUGGCCAAGAUCUACAUCGACAGCAACAACAACCCUGAGCAGUUCUUGAAGGAGAACAACCUCUACGAGCCUUUGGUCGUCGGUAAAUUCUGUGAGAAACGUGAUCCUUACCUUGCAUACAUCGCCUAUGCAAAGGGCUUCUGCGACGAUGAGUUGAUCGCCAUCACCAAUGAGAACUCGAUGUUCAAGCAACAAGCUCGCUACUUGGUGAAGCGCAGACAACCUGAACUCUGGGCGCAAGUCCUCGUUGGCGAGAACAUUCACCGACGUGCUCUCAUCGACCAGAUUGUCGCUACCGCCCUUCCCGAGUGCACUGACCCCGACGAUGUCUCGGUCACCGUCAAGGCCUUCUUGCAAGCUGACCUCCCCAUCGAGUUGAUCGAGCUCUUGGAGAAGAUCGUCAUCGAGCCCUCGCCCUUCAGCGACAACAAGAACCUCCAGAACUUGCUCCUCCUGACUGCCAUCCGUUCCGACAAGGGCAAGGUCGUCGGCUACAUCAACAAGUUGAACAACUAUGAUGCUGCUGAGAUUGCCAAGAUUGCGACUGAGCACGGGUUGUACGAGGAGGCGUUGACCAUUUACAAGAAGCAUGACCAACAUGUUAUGGCUAUCAACGUCCUCGUUGAGCAUAUUGUGUCCAUUGAUCGUGGAUAUGAUUAUGCCAACAAGAUCAACGAGCCUGCCGUCUGGAGUCGAUUGGCCAAGGCUCAGUUGGAUGGUCUUCGUAUCAAGGACUCUGUUGAUUCGUACAUCAAGGCUCAGGACCCCUCCAACUUUGAGGAAGUCAUCGAGAUCGCCAACCAUGCUGGCAAGCACGACGACCUCGUCCGAUACCUCCAGAUGGCCCGCAAGACCCUCCGCGAGCCCAAGAUCGACACCGAGCUUGCCUAUGCCUAUGCCAAGACCGACCGUCUCCACGACAUGGAAGACUUUUUGGGCAUGACCAACGUUGCGGACAUCCUCGUUGUUGGAGAGAAGUGUUUCGAGGACGAGUUGUACCAGGCUGCCAAGUUGUUGUUCACUAGCAUUUCCAACUGGGCCCGUUUGGCUACCACCCUCAUCUACCUUGGUGAAAACCAGGCUGCGGUUGAGAGUGCUCGCAAAGCUGGAAAUACCCAGGUUUGGAAGCAGGUUCAUGCUGCUUGUGUUGAGAAGGGAGAGUUCCGCUUGGCUCAAAUUUGCGGUCUCAACAUCAUCGUCCAUGCUGAAGAGUUGGCUGCUCUCAUUGCCAUGUAUGAGCGCCGAGGCCACUUUGAAGAGAUCAUCAACUUGUUGGAGGCUGGUUUGAGCUUGGAGCGUGCUCAUAUGGGUAUUUUCACUGAGCUUGCUAUCCUGCUCAGCAAGUACAAGCCUGCUAAGCUCAUGGAACAUCUCAAGUUGUUCGUUGCUCGUAUCAACAUCCCCAAGGUCAUCCGUGCCACUGAGAAGGCUCAUCUCUGGCCCGAGCUUGUCUUCCUCUACAUCAAAUACGAUGAAUUCGAUAACGCUUCGUUGGCUAUGAUUGAGCGCUCUGCUGAUGCCUGGGAGCACAAUCAGUUCAAGGAUGUCAUCGUCCGUGCUGCGAACGUCGAGAUCUACUACAAGGCCCUUACCUUCUAUCUGCAAGAGCAACCUACCUUGCUCACCGACCUGCUCACUGUGAUGAUCCCCCGAAUCGACCAUAGUCGAGUGGUUCGCAUGUUCAGGCAGAUUGAUCAUAUCCCUCUCAUCCGGUCGUAUUUGAUUGCUGUCCAACAUCUUAACAUCGAGGCUGUCAACGAUGCCUACAACGAUCUUUUGAUUGAAGAGGAGGAUUACAAGACCUUGCGAGAUUCGAUUGAUAGCUUUGACAACUUCAACAACAUUGCUCUUGCUAAACGGCUGGAGAAGCACGAGCUCCUCGAGUUCCGACGAUUGGCUGCUCACCUCUACAAGAAAAACUCGCGCUGGGAAGAGUCGAUAGCCUUGUCAAAGCAAGACAAGCUUUACAAGGAUGCCAUGGUCACCGCUGCCACUUCCAACUCGACAGAAGUUGCCGAGGAGCUCCUCUCGUAUUUCGUCGACAUUGGAAACAAGGAGUGCUUCGCCGCGAUGCUUUACAUUUGCUUCGACCUCUUGCGCUCUGAUGUGGUCAUGGAGCUUUCAUGGCAGCAUGGUUUGAAUGACUUCUACAUGCCAUACAAGAUCCAGAUCGAGAGAACGCGGGUUGAGAAGAUGGCUCAACUCGAGAAGGAAGUCAAGGAGCGCUCAAAGAAGGACGCUCAAAAAGAACAAGCCGAAGCUGACGCACCUAUCAUCAACCCUGGUGGCUUUGGAAACCGACUAUUGCUCGAGAACGGUGGGUUUGGUGCGGCAGCGGCUCCGCCAUUAAACGGCAUGCCUUACGCGAUGACUGGGUUCUGA